AUGGACGAGUUUUCAUCUUCUCCAUUGUACAAGGACAAUGCUGAUUGGAAAGAUGUAACUCCGAUUUACCCAAGCAAAAACGAGGAAGUUGCUGUCAAAAUCGCGGUUACUGAAGACUUUAUUGACGCUUUCGCCUACUUCCGAGCUGUUCUGAUCAAGAAUGAGAAGUCUCCUCGUGUGAUGGCUCUUCUCGAAGAUUGCAUCAGAUUGAAUCCGGCUAAUUACACCGUUUGGCAAUAUCGGCGCGUCUGCCUCACAGAGUUGGGCUGGGAUCUCAAGAAGGAGAUGCGAUAUUUGGACGAUAUCAUUCAAGAGUCAUCGAAAAAUUAUCAAGUUUGGCAUCACAGACGUUUCAUUGUAGAGUUAAUGGGCGAGAGCGCCGUCAGUGAUGAACUCAGAUUCUGUUCCGAAGUAAUCAGAGAAGAAGAAAAAAACUAUCAUGCCUGGCAACACCGCCAGUGGGUUGUCCGAACUUUCAAAGUUCCCCUUGACGAUGAACUCACUUUCGCCCUGAAAAUGCUUCUCAUCGACAGUCGCAAUAAUUCGGCCUACAACUAUAGAUACUUCAUGCUCACAUUGCACGAUAAGACCGAGGACAAAGACCGUAUCAAUAUUGAGAUAAAUCUGGCGAAAGAGUUCAUUCAAAAUAUUCCAAACAACGAAAGCGCUUGGAAUUAUCUGACCGGUCUUCUGAUUACGAAUGGUAUUACUUCUGACAGUAACGUCGUGAGCUUUGUAGAAGACUUGUACGAAACGACUCCAGAAGACAAAAGAUCGCCAUUUCUUCUUGCGUUCAUUGCUGACAUGAUGCUGGAAAACAUCGAAAACCAAACAGCGGCAGAAGAAAGUGCGGAGAGAGCUAAGAAACUUUACAAGACACUCCAAUCAAUCGAUCCCGUUCGCAUUAAUUAUUACAAACAUCAAAGCCUUCUUGCUCAAACCAUGCUCAUCAAAAGUCAGACUAAAGUGGCCGCGAAAUAA